UUCACGUCGUGAGUUUUUGUGCGUCUCGUGGGGGAGCACAGCAGGAUUUCUUCUGGAUUUUUAACCCGUUUACUCUUUGAGAUCAUCCCGCACACGCUGGAGGACUCGCAGAGUUUGACUGCCUGUCUCAGCUGCUGACUAUUACGCACAGGCGCGCAGGCAUCUCCGUGCGCCCGGAGGAGAAACGGUCACCAUGCCGUUCCCCUCGGUGAGCUCCUGCAAUGUCACGAACGAGAACUGCACCGAGAGCACCGAGAGCUUCAACAUUACGCAGCAGCUGAAGAGAAACGACACCGACCCGUUUGGACGGAACGAGGACGUGGCCAAGAUCGAGAUCACUGUCCUGAGCCUCGCGUUCGUCGCGGCGGUGGUGGGGAACCUGAGCGUGCUGCUCGCCAUGUACAAAACCCGGAGGAAACCGUCGCGCAUGCACCUGUUCAUGAAGCACCUGUGCCUGGCGGACCUGGUGGUGGCCUUCUUCCAGGUGCUGCCGCAGCUCUGCUGGGAGAUCACUUUCCGCUUUUACGGGCCGGACUUUCUGUGCCGCAUCGUGAAGCACCUGCAGGUGCUGGGCAUGUUCGCCUCCACCUACAUGAUGGUGAUGAUGACCCUGGACCGAUACAUCGCCAUCUGCCACCCGCUGCAGACGCUCCAGCAGCCCACGCAGCGCGCCCACAUCAUGAUCGGCUCCACUUGGGCGUGCAGCCUGGUCCUCAGCAGCCCGCAGUACUUCAUCUUCUCCCUCAGUGAGGUGCGCCCCGGCUCGGCUGUCUACGACUGCUGGGCGCACUUCGUGGAGCCGUGGGGUGUUCGUGCGUACAUCACGUGGAUCACGGCCGGGAUCUUCGUGGUGCCCGUGGCCGUGCUCGUGUUCUGCUACGGAUUUAUCUCCCGCACGAUCUGGAGGAAUCUCAAAUACAAGACCCAGAGGAGGAAGAGCGCGGAGGCCAACAAGAACGGGAUGUUGAGCCGCAGCUCGGUGAGCAGCGUCAGCACCAUUUCCCGCGCCAAAUUACGCACGGUCAAGAUGACUUUCGUGAUCGUGGUGGCGUACGUGGUGUGCUGGGCGCCUUUCUUCACGGUGCAGAUGUGGUCAGUGUGGGAUGAGACCUUCUCCUGGGACGACUCUGAGAAUGCUGCUGUGACACUCUCCGCCUUGCUGGCCAGCCUCAACAGCUGCUGCAACCCCUGGAUCUACAUGAUCUUCAGUGGAAACCUGCUGUCGGACUUCGCCCGCAGUCUGCCGUGCUGCCGCCACCUGAGAAACAGGUUCCACCACCAGGACUCAGACAGCAGCAUCCGCCGGACCACGCUGCUGUCCCGCCUGCAGGGUCCACGCCUUUCAGAGCCAUUCAGAGACCUCAGCCCCGCUCCCAAAAGCUGCCCACCGAUCCCAUCUGCAUCCUGACCGCCAGAAACACUCCCUGUAUAUGCAUGUGUGUGUGUUUAGUUGGCCAAGAUGGCAGAGAAAACUGCAGCAGGUUUGCAGCAGUGAGGGAAGGUAUGAUCUCAUCUGAGGGUGCGGUCACAUCUACACUCUGUUUUCUUCAGUCUGAUCCAGAGUGGGAACGUUUACACUGAGGCCAUUUUUGGUGUUUGGCUUGUUUUGGUUCACACGGCUGUUAGAAUAUGACGUUUCAUAACUCUUUUCAGUCUGCAGGGUUGGAGACUUCGGGGAUUAGAUUGCAUCAAAACAAAUCCAGUCACUGCAGCUGUUAGUACGAAGAGCUCGUCUGCACUCGCCUUUCACAUGUCAACAAACAAAUGUCACGUACCCAUGAUGCUGCGGGGCCAGGCUGACUGCAGGAGUAAAUAAACGCUGUACAGUAGGUGUGGAUGGGUUUGGUGUCGUGUGAGCUAUUUAGAGCAUGUUUACAAGAUUAUUUUUUAAGAUCUGAGGAUAAGUCUGGUGUUACCCUGAAGUCUUUGAACUAAUGUACACCCCCCCCACCAAAAAAAAAAGGAGACCAGUGAUGUGUUUCUGCUUUCUAACUUCCUCUCAUUCAUUAUUAAACAUACAAACCUUGAAGUCUGUAUUUCUGACUCUUGGAAACUCUCAGAAUCAGCUGACAGCCAUGCAGAGUUUUACCUGCACGCCAUGAAAGCUGAAGAGCGAGGUUAAAGAUGCUGCUUUGGAAAAGGACUUUAAUAAAUGAUUAAUUCUUUUGGUUAUAAAAUGUGGAAAUAUUAGGGGGGAAAAAAUACACAUUUACAGAAGUAAUUAGGUUAGAAAACUCGCAAAUUUUUAUAUGUAAGGCGCUGGAACCAUAAAAACUUGACGGUUUAUUAUUAAUUACUGUAAAUGACUCUUGAACAGUCACACCUGUAUCCACACUAACAUGGUAAAAAGUGAUGUGCUGUGUGAAUCCUAAUUAAAAGUGCUCUUUGUUCAGUAUAAUUAACACUGCCUCUGUGAACAUCUGUUGAAUCACUCAUUUUCCCUUAUGAUGUCCCGCUGCACGCUCCAGCUUUGCUUUGCACUGAGGUCUGUAAUGGCGCCGAGCUUCUUUAGAAGCUGAUAUUGAAGACGUUUUAUCAGUGUG